ACAGCAGCGGCAACUCCAGGCAGGAUUUUCUGGAGCCAUGUUGGAAGGCAAAGCCGUCAUCAAUGAGACUGAUAUGCUUCAAGCAAUGCAGCAAGACGCUCUCCAUUUAGCUGCAAAGGCUCUCGAUAAUUUCGAUGUCACUGAACCCACUGAUAUUGCUCAAUUCAUAAAGAAGGAAUUCGAUGAGACAUACGGGCUGGGGUGGCAAUGCAUCGUAGGAACAGAUUUUGGUUCGUUUGUGACACACAGCCAAGGCUGCUUCAUCUAUUUCUUCAUCGGUAGCCUUGCAUUCUUGCUUUUCAGGGGAACGGCUAACCUCGCUGUGGAAGCAGAUAAGAUCCUGCCACUGGAGGUUGUGGAGGCAUAAGCUCUGCUUCAUAAACCUUGACUUCCUUUUUGCUCUCCUCAAAUUUGUAUAUCAAGAAAAUAAAUAAAUAAACGAAUUCCAAGUUCUGUAA